GGAUGUUGGGCGCGAGCAGAUAAUCGCUAACGAGAUAACUUCAUGCUAAAAUAACGGACGACUGGAGUAAAAUUAACUUAGGUCACUGAAGAGACAGGGAGAGACAACACGUCCUCAGGUGUUAGGGAUGAGAUGGAGCACUCGAGUAACAGCUUAUACACAGGACCCCUUUCCAAGGCAGCCCAGCGGAUCCUGGCUGUUCUUCGCGCUCAGAGUGGAGCCAGACGCAACCUGAGCUACUCCAGUAAUCACAGACCAACGGAAAGGUGUAAUAGCAGCCAGAAGGAGUCUUGGCCUCAUAGCAGCUGGAGUCGAGAGGAAAGUAGAGACACAGUUCGGUUGUGGCCCUGCCCCCAGCUGUCCCCCUUUUCCAACUCUCGCCAAAACUCCAACGAGAGCCAGCGCCCCGAGACGUCAGCCUCCUAUCUGUCCUCCCAGACGGCAGAUAGCUCCCUGUCAUCCCAGGCCUCCUCUGGUACCUCCUCCCGCUGGGAUUCCUGCUUCCAGAGACAGACCUCUCAGACUGAAGCCUAUUAUCGCUGCUCGCAGACUCACUCCCUCAGAAUGUGCUCUGAACCCCCUGCUUUCCUGUCCAGCCGAUCCCUGUCAUUCUCCCAGCGUGAAGUUCCUGAGACAGCAACAUCAUUCUUCCGCAGUGACAGAUACACCCUAACCCUCCAAACACCAGGGAGAGUUUCUGAGCAUCAAGCGGCACCCUGGAGAAACACCACUGAAGAAAUGCAGCCAUCUUCCAUCCACUGUAUAUCUCCAGAUGAGGAAUGUCCUGAUAAAAUGUUGUUUACUACAACAGAACGGCCUAAAUCUCAUGAAGAGGAGCCUGCUGUGACGCGUCACCCUGCCGCAUCCUGCUUUAAAAUAUGUGAAGGGCCAGAUAACGACAAGAACGGGAGCGUUCCCACAAAUACACAUGAAGACACGCACACUGUACGUAGCCCCACUGAUGAGUCCACGAGUGGAUUAAAAGAUGGAGAUAGACUUCACCAUCAAUCGCCGUCCACAACAGUUAAAACUAGAAGGAUACGUUUACCCACCUGUGCUAUUGUAACAAGACAAGGAAGAGGUUCACAUUCGCCCAGGCUGAUGAGAAAUCUAGCUGAGGAGGACGUGGGACAGGUUGUAGAUUCAGAAGAAAUGUCAGAGGAAGGUGCAGCACAAGCUUCAAACUUAAAGCUUGAAAUGCAAGAUGGAGGAAAUGAAAUGAUCAGGAAAGAGAAAGGAUGUGGGGAUGUAACUCUGCAUAAUGAGAAAGAGUCAGACAGUGACAUGAAGGAAAUGUGCUUUUUGGGAAUCACCAAAGACUCUGUGUUGGAGAGUAAUUUGAACUUAUCCGCUAACGCAAAUAAAACCAUCUACUGUGGCAGUAAAGGAGAAAAGCACGAGGACGAAGAAGAGAAUGACAUAAGGUCUGAAGUUACAGAAGUUGAACUUCCCCCUGGUACUAAGAAUAAAGUGACAGCAGUGGGAUAUCCUACUGGUAGUUCGGAAAACAUCCCGAUAUCUUUAGAACUGAGCCACUGCCUUGAUAAAAACCUUGAUAAAAACCUUGAGGAUGUGGGUCAGAGUGUGACGGUCGAGAUGGACCACACACAAGGUCCACCGCUACAGUCUGAGCUCCUUAAUUUAGACCUGGGUGACAACACUGCCCAUGACCAGGAAAGAAGAAACACGAUGGAGGUCAGAUUGGAAGCUGAAACUCAGAGCCAAACGAAGGAAAGUACUGAUACAAGCACUGAUGUUCAGAUGGAGAGAGGACAAGCCAACUGUCCUAACAUCCAACCAAUAAAGACACAGUGUGAGACAAAUUCUAAGGUCCCAGAAUUACCUGCAACACAUACGGAGGCAGGAGAGAGAGAAGCAGAGGGAAAGGUGCUGGAGGUGCCACUUGUGGAUGCUGAAGAAAAGACUGAGCCUGUAGAGGGUUUAGACUUGGGUGAACAGUGUCCCGCGCCAACACUGUCCCAGACGUGUGGAGCAAGAGGACUGGAGUUCAGAGCUCCUCGUCUCUGUGACAACCAGCAGCACGAUGACAACCGACAAACCACUAAUGGAAGCACCAGAGGGCCCCCAGCAAGCACCGUUGCUCCUGGACAGAACUCGUUUUCCUCAGUACGGGACUUGAUGUCAACUGGUGUAAUAUCAAGCAAAGAACUUGAAAGCAGAAAUCUACCUGCUUCUAAAAGGCAGACACAUUAUCCGACCCUGACCCCCUCUUUCCCCGCGAAGAGGAAACAUGAAGCACUUUACCAGAACGCGAACCCUCCUCGCAGAAUCUGUGUAACCAGACAUCCUCAAAAGUGGGAGCCACCUCGUCCCACAAAGGAGAAUAUCAGGGAAGAAGGAGUGUUUGAGUGGAAGAGAGCCAAGCUCAAUACGUCUUUCCUUGAACAACCGGCACUAGCCCAAACACCACAGACUAGAGCUGGUCCCUCACACGAAACAGGGAUAGUGCAAGGGGUAUACACAGACCCAAGUGCCCCAAAGCAAACUCAACAAAUUAGGCAGAAUAAGGUGGAACAGUGCACUGAGUUAUCGAGGGCUGCUUCCAAGUGCAGUUCGGACCCAUCAACAAAACGGUACAAAAGUUCCAAUGAGGGAGUUAAGACCAGUGAUCCCCAAACCCAAUCUAAAGCUACAUGUCUGACUGCAGCCCUGACAUCUGACCCUAGAGUAAAGGAUUCUGGGAAACUGCAGCCAGAUGAGAAGUCGCAGAUGAUCGAGAAGGCUGGACAGGCCGAAGCGCUGGUUCUAACCAUGGUGUACCGAGAUGGAACAACUCAGUUAGACCCAGAGCAGAAGCUCAGUCUACCAGUGUGUGGCCUCCUCUUACUGAUGAAGAAUGAUCUUUGCUGCAGCGCACUGGAGGACUCUCUGGGGCCAAACGACAGUCUGGUCUACUUAAAACUGGAGCACACACCUGUAUGGGCCCAGCAACACACACACCAGGGCCAGGAGCUCUUUACUAGAGAUAUGCUGCUACAGGUGCUGUCGAGAUCCCUGCCAGUGGUGUGCUACAAAGCCAAGGAUAUGCUUCGUACAGCUCUGGAGUUUUACAGAAGAGACCUCAGCUGGAAACGAGUGGCAGGGUGUCAUAUUCAGGACCCACAGGUGUCAGGGUGGCUACUUGAUCCAGCAGAUCCAUCCUCCUGCUACCAAGACCUACUUAAUAAACACUGCAAAAGACCCCGUACAACACCUUCCUUCGGUACCCAGAAGGUUUCUCAGGUCGUCUCAGGUCUCUUCUGGCUCUACAGACUUAAUAAGACUCUAUGCUCUAAACUACAGAGUCAGGGGCUGUGGACGCUGUACUCAGACAUGGAGCUCAACAUGAUCCCUGUCCUGGCAGCCAUGGAGAGCCACCGCAUUCAUGUGGACAAAGAGGCACUUAAGAGAACCUCGGACUUGCUCGGGGCCAAAAUGAAACAUCUGGAGCAGGAGGCUCAUAGAACAGCUGGACAAAUGUUCCUGGUGACCAGCAACACUCAGCUACGGACGGUACUGUUUGAGAAGCUGCGGCUCCACGAGCGCUGUGAGAACAAGAAGCUUCCCAAGACCAUCAGCAAACAACAGCAGUCAACAUCAGAAGCUGCAUUGUUGCAGCUUCAGCACCUUCAUCCUCUGCCAAAGAUCAUUCUGGAGUACAGACAGGUUCAUAAAAUCAAGUCCACUUUUGUUGAUGGGAUCCUCUCAUGCAUGAUGAGUAAGCACUACAUUUCCUCGACGUGGCACCAGACAAGCGCGGUAACUGGGAGAAUCUCUGCAAAACACCCAAACUUCCAAGCCCUUCCGAGGCAGCCGCUUCAAAUCACCAAGAAGCACCGCAUCCAAGGAAAGGAGGAGGAGAUGGUAACUGUUCAUCCUCGGGCCAUGUUCAUUCCUCAGGAGGGCUGGACUUUUCUCGCUGCAGACUUCUGCCAGGUGGAGCUGCGUCUGUUGGCUCACCUUUCCUCUGACCCUGAGCUGCUCCGCGUUUUUACCAACCCGCAGGCGGACGUCUUUACCAUGCUGGCCUCUCAGUGGAAGGGGAUGAGUGAGGCGGAGGUGACCUCUGAGGACAGGGAACACGCCAAACGCAUCGUGUACUCUGUUGUGUAUGGAGCAGGUCGUGAGCGUCUGUCAGGGAUCUUGGGGGUGAGCCCCGAGCAGGCCAGUCGAUUCCAGGACAGCUUCCUGCAGACCUACAGAGAUGUCCAGGCCUUCAUCCAGAGAACCAUCCAGCAGAGCCACAAACAAGGUUAUGUGCUUUCUAUCAUGGGUCGUCGUCGGACUCUCCCCAACAUCAACUCCCCUGACUGGGGCCUCCGCAUGCAGGCUGAGAGGCAGGCUGUCAACUUUGUCGUCCAAGGUUCUGCUGCCGAUCUCUGCAAGACGGCUAUGAUCCGAAUCUUCAACCUGGCUUCCUCCUCCAACUCCCUGUCUGCCAGGCUGAUAGCCCAGCUCCACGAUGAGCUCCUGUACGAAGUGGAGGACUCGCAGGUGGAGCAGUUCGCAGCUCUUGUGAAGAGCACCAUGGAAUCUCUUCAGCACAUAGACCAUCUAGGAGUCCACCUUAAAGUCCCCCUGAAGGUGGCAGUCUCCAGUGGCAAGUCUUGGGGAUCCAUGUCUGAGCUUAACAUCCCCCUCAGGUCGCCCUCUGCUUGACUACAUCCAUCUCAUUCCCUUCAGCAGGGCCUUUACCGCCACGCUGCAUGUGUGGCACCUUCUUUCCUUUCACCUUUAAAAGUCUUCCUCUGUCUCUCUUCCUCCCGGUUUGUUCACAUCCAUCUUCCCGGUUUGGGUUUCUUGUUCCAUUUCUCCCUCCCAUUAUCGCUCUGUUUCACUUGUCCUGCAUCCACGUCACUAUGGAAACCAGGCAGCUGCAGCUCCCAGUUCUUGCUUUCACUCCAUCCGUAUCCGGGGGCAACGGCAGGAGCCGUAGACCGGAUUGCACCAGUUCCUCUCUCUCUCUCUCUCUCUCUCUCUCUCUCUCUCUCUCUCUCUCUCUCCCACUCCAUCCUGCAAAAAAAAAAAGAUUCCUUGUCCUCCUCCUCCUCUCCUCCUCCAUUUUCACACUAUCUUGUUAGGACCAGAGAUGUUUUCUCUGCUUUGUUGCCAAGGUGAAGCUCCAUGUUCAAGGGCUCGAUAUUUAUUGGUUCCUAAAAUUGGCUCUCUCAGCAUGGUUUUUAAAAAUGAGUAGUUUUGUAUACCUGAAAUAAGACUGUACCUUCUUUUACUAAACACUUUUUCCUUGUAUUUGUUGUUUGUGAAUAAACCCUGUGUGCGCUUGAAAACGUCUCUGAUCUCAAGUAUUAAUCCUAAAAUAAUGUCCUGUUCUAAUUUGCAUGCUCAAGUGCAGCAUUCUUGGAGCUGAUAUUUUCCGAGCCGCCUGCUUCUACUAAACUUCCCCUUGUGUCGGUUGCAUUCACGCAACUCAAGGCAAGUCAUCUCCUUUUUAUCUAAUACUAAUCUCGACCGUGAGCAUCCAUUACUUUGCUCUCUCCGGCUCAUCCUUUAUCUGCACACUUGACUCGAGCCCACUCGCCCCUUUUGUGCCGUUUGUGUCCCACACACACAUUCCACAAAUACUCGUACGCACGCGUACACACACACACACGCACGCACACGCACACCAGAGGCAGUCACACUUUCUGUCCACGCAUCCACCCUCACACACAUUUGCUGGCUCCCAGGCACACUGACCGAGUUUCUGUGUCGACGCCAGCCACAGCAAGACUUCUAAUGUCCCUCAUUGUCCCGCAAUUAAGACCGUUUAAGCCAACAAAAUGGGUCCGUGACGUUUUAAACCCCCUAUUUGAAAUGUCACUUCGUUGGUUUCUAAUUAUAGGAAACGGCAAAGGUGGCAUUGUGAGAUAUAUCCGGCGUACCCGCCAGCCGUUGUGGCUUUCUUUCUUUUCCCAGCCCCUUCGGGCAGUUCAUUUUUUUCCACUGACUGGAAUAUGCUCUCCUCUUGACAAUGUGAAAGACGCUUUUCUCACCGGGUCAGUUGUGAGCAGUUCGGAGCCAGAGCGAUGGACAGUGUUAUGGAAAUCUGCCCCUCUAUUCUUUCAUUGUUCUGUGGUUUAAGAGUGCAGGGCCUUUUCCCCCACUUUGCAGGGGAAGCGUGAGACUGGUAUGUGCACAUUCUAGAGGGCACUCUGCACUUUUGGAGCCGGGGUGUGGAGGUAAAGCAAAUACCAAUAAAGGUGUUUAUCAGUGUGUUGCGAACUGCUUUGUUAUUUGUAUCAAACUAUAUAUAUAUGUGUGUGUGUGUAUAAAUGGCUCAUCAAAGGAAGAAUAUCAUUCAAUGUACUUAAACCUCAGCUAAUUUCCUCUUGAAGAUGUGAGUGACGUUACCACUAUGUUCAUUUGACUGAGUGAUAGCUUCACUUUAAUGACCUCUUCCAUUAACAGGAGCCGCAGCGUCCCCUCUGAAGACUCCGGUCGUCAAGGGCAACAGAGUGAUGUUCCCCGAGCCGACUCAUGACGCGUGAGUAGACCCCGCGGCGCAAAUCCUCGCGGCCGCCGACACUCGUGUCACUUCCAGUCUGACGUCUGAGGCGCGUCUCGCUCCUCCUCUUCUUCCCCCGCCGCCUCGUUCGAGACAAGAACAACAUCUUACCGGUGCAACGUGUAAAAGCUUAAUGCAUCGUCGUUUUAAUUGAUACAAUAUAUGUACAUCCAUGGUUCAGUCAUCGUCAUAAUGCAAGAAAUCCCAUCUUUACAUCUAUACAGUGUUCCAGGUGUUGUCAGUAUAAAAGAAAGGGUUAAUCACAAUAAUAAGAGUAAUCCCGGGUGGUAAUACAGCAGUUUCUCAACAGAAUGGCAGAAAGGGAACUGAAAGCUAAUAGACCCCAAUAAAAACCAGAGCUGCAGUCUCACUGAGGGUCGGGGGCCGACCGGUUGAACCAGCAGUGCCUACGCAGUUUUACAGUGUCUCUUUCUGUCCUUCACCUUCCUGGGACUCACUGAAUCUGCUAAGUCACCCCCGUGCUCGUCCCGACACCGGUCACGAGAAUCGUGUCCCACAGCGUGACUGGCUAUAAUUUUAACCCUGCGUUCUUUAGAGUCAUUUCCACGCCUUUACGUAACCUCUCUAACCUAGCGGGGCCCCGAGCGGUGUUUGCUCUCCACCCGACUAUAAGAGCCUCUUUUCUCCGAUUCCUCACCCUUCCCCUACAGGUCCCGCAAACGCUUCGGGCAGAAAGUGCCCUCAGUUGCAUUUUAAAGCCCCCUCCCGUCUCGUCCAUCCAUCAAUCCCUCCUCCUACUCCUUGAUCAAGGCCGGCUGGUUGACCUGCCUGCCUCCCCACAGUGCGGCUGCAUAUCAAUCCCCUGCUGUGCUUUGUGCGGGUCGGUUUCCUGGCAACAGACGACAGCCAUGACAGGGCUCCAGGGCAGAGAGAGCCACUUGCGCGGCGGCGGCUCGCUGUAUAGCCGGAUAGCUCGGUCCAGAGCCGCAGACGCUCGCGGCCGUGGCCGGCGUGCGCUACGAGCCAACAAGAGUCGCCGCCGUUUGGGCUCUCCCCGACGACUUGAGAGUUCAAGCAGACAGGCGGGACAAGAAAGGCAGUGUCUGGACGCAUUAGCGUUCGGACACGAGGGCUAAGAUGGUGUGCACUGUUCCCUGCGAAAGUGUCUGCUGUUACUCGUUGUGGGAAUCGCUGUGAGGCAGCGCAGAUCAAGACACCUGCGCUGCUGUAGAAUCUCUGUAAUAAUGCUGUAAAUAUUUUUUUUUAAAAUAUACUUUUAUAUAUUUUAAAUCCCCAGUUGCAGUUACAAAAGGAGUAAAAAUGACCCCCAGAUGCUAUUUACAGUAAAAUAUACUUUACAACUUUACAGUUACUAACUUGUAGAUUCAAAAAAAGACUUUGAAUCCCACUUGUAAGAAACAUGGUUGUGAUUUAGACAGCUGUUUUUUUUUUUUAACCGAUUAGAUCCAGUCCCACAGACAGAAGUGGCGCUGCAGUGCGUGUCUCUGUGUCGCGGUGUGAGUUAACCAGAAGUGAUUGUGGUUAAAUACAGUUAAGAGCACUUCCAGAGUGCAGCUGCACCAUCUUUUUUUUUUUUUUUUUCCUGUCUGCUUGAACUGCUCACUCUUUAGCAUCCAUCAUCCCCUCUCUUGUCAUUUCCUGUUGACAUCUGUACAAAUAUGCAGAGGUACACCUGUGUACUUCAGCUUCGAGUUUCUUU